AUGUCGCUUUCCUACUCCAACUUCUUCCCGGACGAUGACCUCCUAUGCAGCGAGGAAACCUCCAGCAUCUUGUCCGGAGAUUCACCAGCAGAGUGCUUCUCUGAUGUUGAUUCGUCUCCGCCGCCGGAGGAGGAGUUCAUCGCCGGAUUAAUCGAUGACGAACAUAAAUUCGUUCUCGGAUUUGACUAUUUCUCUAAGUUACAGUCUCGCAAGAUCGAUGCAUCGGCCAGGGAAGAAUCCGUUGCAUGGAUCCUAAAGGUGCAGGCUUAUUACGGUUUUCAACCGCUCACGUCUUAUCUCGCCGUCAACUACAUGGAUCGGUUCUUGAAUUCUCGGCAGUUGCCGCAAUCAAAUGGGUGGCCACUGCAACUUCUAUCAGUUGCUUCCUUGUCUCUAGCGGCCAAGAUGGAGGAAACUCUAGUCCCUUCUCUAUUGGACCUUCAGGUAGAAGGUGCCAAAUACAUAUUUGAACCCAGAACAAUUAGAAGAAUGGAGCUACUUAUUCUAAGUGUCUUGGAUUGGAGACUAAGAUCAGUUACCCCAUUUAGCUUCCUAAGUUUCUUUGCAUGCAAGUUAGAUUCAAUUGGAAUUUUUACCGGAUUCCUCAUUUCACGAGCUACACAAAUUAUCUUAUCUCAUAUCCAAGAGGCAAACUUUCUUGCAUAUUGGCCAUCAUGCAUUGCUGCAGCGGCUAUUCUAUACGCAGCUAACGAAAUCCCUAAUUGGUCUUUAGUUAAGCCGGAGCAUGCCGAGACAUGGUGCGAAGGGCUAAGAAAAGAGAAAAUUAUAGGGUGCUACAGGUUAAUGGAAGAACUUAUGAUUGACAAUAACCAAAGGAAAGCAGCCCCUAAAGUGUUGCCACAGCUACGAGUGACAACUCAGCCACUAAUGAGGUCAAGUGUCUCGUCAUCCUCCUCCUCUUCCCCUUCCUCCUCUCCGUCCUAUAAUAAAAGAAGGAAAUUAAAUAAUUGUUGGUGGGUGGAUGAUGACAAAGGAAACUCCCAAUGA